AUGGGUUCGCACUCCACCCGCUCAAAAGUCCUGAUGGACGAGAAGGAAGAAAAUAAUGUGCCCGAAUAUUUACAAGGCGCCAAGUUGUGGUUAGUCAUGGCAGGAACGUCUCUUGUUGUAUUCGUCCAGUUCCUAGAUGGAUCCAUUCUUAGUCCGGCUAUUCCCAAUAUCACAGAUGAGUUCAACUCUCUUCAUGAUAUUGGAUGGUAUGGGAGUGCAUACUUCAUCGCAAGUGUUGAAACUAGUACUGUAUUUCAGCCCAUUGCUGGCAAGGUGUACACCUUUCUCCCUACAAAGUGGUCUCUCAUGGCUUUCAUACUUCUAUUUGCACUGGGAUCUCUCAUUUGUGGAAUUGCAGAUUCUUCCAUGAUUCUCAUAGUGGGUAGAGCAGUGGCUGGCCUAGGGGGCUCAGGUCUUCUCAUAGGGAAUCAAACUGUCAUUGCUGGUCUAGCUCCUAUCGAAAAAAGGCCAGCUAAUACCUGGGUAACGAUCACAGUGGCAGCGCCUGGCAUGCUCUUAGGACCAAUUGUUGGGGGUGUGAUUACUGAGUAUAGCACAUGGCGCUGGAUCUUUUAUAUGAACCUUCCUAUUGGUUUCGCGGCGAUACUACUCUUAGCCUUCAUGCGGAUACCGGAGCAGACCACCAAGCCCCCCUGGUGGGAAGUAAUCUGCCAUUUUUACCGGUAUUUCGAUAUUCUUGGGUGCAUUCUUUGCGCAGGAGCCACCACCUCACUGCUAUUAGCCCUCAAUAUGGGCGGUGAGAAAAUAGCGUGGAAUAGCCCAACCUGCAUUGGGAUGUUUGUGAGCUCCGGAGUCUUGUUCAUCCUGUUUUGCGCCUGGAAUGCCCGUAUCGGCGACAAAGCAUUGAUACCUGCGUCUGUCGCUAAGCAGCGGGUGGUUUGGUCCGGAGCAGCAACCCUGAUGUUUACUAUCGGUGCGACCACUGUACAGAGCUACUUUCUGCCGCUUUACUUUCAAUCUGUACGGGGCAAAUCUCCCAUGACUGGCGCGUUGUACACGCUUCCAGGGCUGCCAGGUCAAAUUUUCUUCUCCCUUUUGUCGGGGUUCCUAAUUGGCAAGAUGGGACAUUAUCUCCCGUGGGCAAUUGUAGGCACGGCCUUGCACACUAUGGCGUGCAGCCUCAUGAGUAGAUUCUCGCCAACUACACCCACUGCUGAAUGGGUUUCAUCCCAAUUCCUCGCGGGUUGCGGAAGGGGAAUGUCUCUACAGUCUCCCAGUAUUGCUAUACAAGCCGCUUUGGCUCAAGACCAAAUCUCCAUUGCGUCUUCUACUUUAACAUUCGGCAUGUAUUUUGGAAGUGCAAUUGCGUCUACUGCCGCUAGUGUCACUUUCGAUAGCAUGUUGAGAGCGAAGGUUGAGGAGCGGUUCGCCAAUGCCACCGUAGUUGAAACCAUUCUGAACGUAGGAGCCACCUCCUUUCGCAAAAGCUUUUCUGGUGAGGAUCUUGCAGGUAUCUUGGGUGCGUAUUCCGAAAGCAUACAAGUCGUGUUUCUGCUUGCCGCGGGUCUGUCGGCACUCUCUAUCCCAUUCGCCUGGGGCAUGGGGUCGUUUAAAGUUAAUGUCAAAAAGUCGGAGAAGGGCAAAAAGGCAGCUGGAGCUUGA